UCCUCCUUGUUGCUGUGUUUGUGUGUGUUGUUGCCGGCGUACAGCCUGUCCUCUCUGUUCUCAGGUGUAGUAUAACUGGCUCCCCACUAUUUCGCUGCGCUCAGGUCUCUCCUUGCUGCUGCUCCUGGGAUGUAUGUAUCUCACACUGCCUGCUGAAACCCACCGAUAAUGUUCUUAGUGUAUCAGAUAGAGGCCUAGCCAGCUGUCCACAGUCAUUCCUGCUUGACAUACACAGCGGCGGUCAGAGUAACACAUUUCUCUCUGGCCUCAGAUGAAGCUGUGAGAUUAGGAUGUUAUGUGCUAGCGUGUGGACCACAAAGCAGGGCAGGUUUAAGGGGGGGAUCUAUGUGUUUGUGGUGGUUAUAAUGGCAGCUUGUCUCAUCAGGCUGAGUGGAGAGUAACCAGAGGAACCAGCUGAUGAACUAGAGAUGCUUAGAUUAACUUGUCAGAGGGGGAUUGGGACUCUUGUACAGUACAGUAGUGGAGAGCUUUCAAGCCUUUACGGCACAGAUUCACUCAACUGCCUUCUUGCUCUGGAUAUCUGAACCUGCUGUAAAGUUUAAGCAAUAUGGAGAUCACUUUACUUCUUGUGUGGGAGGGCACAUUUAGAGAUGAGGGCAGCGCUGCAGCAUGUGAGCGUUCGCGGGGGAUUGCCUUGCUGCAUUGGCUGAUAAGGUGUGAGCUGUCACAGGGGUGUCGUGUGCACCUUCCCGCUCACGUUGCAGGGGCAGCCCUAUGAGGGGUGCCCUUCCAACUCCCACCCCCACCACCGCUGUCCAAACAAGAACAUGCCAACAGAACACACACAUACAUACACACACACACGUCUAAUGGCUGGCUGGCUGGCUGGCAGGGAGGGCACUGCGAGAGCUGCAAGUUCUGUUCGUGUGUGUGUGUGUUAUUAGGUGUCUGCAGUUCUAAUAAAGGAAAGCGCUGUGUCCUUCUCUGGCUCAUCAGAAGGCUUUGCUCUGCUUUGUGUGCCUGUGUGAUUUCUGUCUGUGUGUCUGUCAGUCCUGCGGUGGAGCUGGAUGGCUCGCAGCCUCUGGAUCAUCUGGAGCGUUCGGGAGAAGAUCUCAUCCGUGCCUCGGUGCUUUCGUGUCUGUUCAAACAGAGUGUUUGAGAUUAAGUCCCUUGGAGACUGGGAAACAUUAGAAGAUGUUUGUGUGUUUAUUUGACCUGGUGUAAAGAGUAUACGGGUGUAUAUAUAAGACAGAGCGUGUGUGUAUGUGCUUGCGUAUGGUGCAGCCAACAGCGUUGGAAAUGCUGGGGUGUCCAGCGAGGUUAUUUUUGGAUCAGUGACAUUGUGUCAAUGGCUGCAGAUGCAUCGCAAAGGAAGGCUCUGAGAUACCAACAGACCCUGCUGUAUGGUGAAUACAGGGAACAGUUAGGAAACUUUGCCCGACGGGAGGCCGCCCGUCUGCUCACAGAGAGACAAUGGAAAAGACAAGCAGAGGACAACACCACAGCCACGGGCCGCAGAGGCCGCGGCCGAGGGCAUCAUCAUCAUCACCAUCAUCCUGCAGGCUUAGAGUCGCAUCUAAGCAAUUCUUCCUCUACCAAGAAGCCUCGUCCCUACUCCAAAUGCCAAGAUUGUUUGGCCCGUGUCCGGCGGUACAUAGUGACAAAGAUGGGAGACGAUUGGAUUUUUUUGGUUCUUCUUGGGCUGACGAUGGCUCUGGUCAGCUGGAGUAUGGACUACGCCAGUGCCAAAAGCUUACAAGCAUACAAAUGGAUACAUGGAGAGCUUGAGGGCAACGUGCCACUGCAGUACCUUGCCUGGGUUACAUAUCCUAUAAUCCUUGUCGUGUUUGCGUCCCUCUUCUGUCACCUGGUUUCCCCACAGGCCAUUGGUUCUGGUAUCCCAGAGCUGAAAACCAUUCUAAGAGGUGUAGUCCUGAAGGAGUAUCUUACCCUCAAAGCCUUCAUAGCCAAAGUUAUUGGCCUGACUGCUGGCCUGGGCAGUGGGAUGCCUGUGGGGAAAGAGGGUCCUUUUGUCCACAUUGCCAGCAUCUGUGCCGCUGUGCUGAGUCAAUUCAUGUCCAUUUUCUCCGGAGUCUAUGAGAAUCCUUAUGGUUACACAGAUAUACUGACUGUUGGCUGUGCCGUGGGAGUGGGAUGCUGUUUCGGCACUCCACUAGGAGGGGUGCUGUUCAGUAUUGAGGUCACGUCUACCUACUUCGCUGUGAGGAAUUACUGGCGGGGAUACUUUGCUGCCACGUUCAGCGCCUUCAUAUUCAGGGUGCUCUCAGUGUGGAACAAGGAUGCUGUCACGAUCACAGCCUUAUUCAGAACUAACUUCCGGAUGGAUUUUCCCUUUGACCUGCAGGAGCUACCUGCUUUUGCAAUAAUAGGGAUUUCAUGUGGCUUCCUGGGAGCAUUCUUCGUUUACCUCAACAGACAGGUGGUUCUCUUCAUGAGAAGGCCGACGGCUCUCACGCGCUUUUUAACCAAACAUCGUUUGAUCUAUCCAGGUGCAGUGACCCUAAUUAUUGCCACCCUCACAUUUCCUCCUGGGUUUGGACAGUUUAUGGCUGGAGAGUUGAUGCCAAGAGAGUGCAUCAAUUCUCUCUUUGAUAAUUUGACCUGGACCAAAAUCUCAGGGUCACCUCCUUCUGACAUUGGUCGCUCUGCCGCAUGGAUACAUCCCCACGUCAGUGUCUUUGUCAUCCUCCUCCUCUUCUUCUUCAUGAAGUUCUGGAUGUCAGCAGUUUCCACCACGAUGCCCAUCCCCUCGGGAGCCUUUAUGCCAGUGUUCAUAUUAGGAGCUGCUUUCGGUCGUCUUGUCGGGGAGAUCAUGGCCACUCUUUUCCCAAAUGGAAUACUGUUUGAUGGGAUAGUCUACCGCAUACUGCCGGGAGGUUACGCCGUCAUCGGUGCAGCAGCGAUGACGGGCGCUGUCACACAUACAGUUUCCACGGCAGUGAUCUGCUUCGAGCUCACUGGCCAAAUCUCCCACAUUUUACCCAUGAUGGUGGCGGUCAUCCUAGCCAACAUGGUGGCCCAGGGUCUGCAACCUUCUCUGUACGACUCCAUCAUCCAGGUGAAGAAGCUGCCAUACCUGCCUGAGCUGGCCCUCGGGCACAUCAGCAAGUAUAACAUCUUUGUGGAGGACAUCAUGGUGCGCAAAGUGAAAUUCUUGUCCUCUCAAUCCACCUAUCGGGAACUUAACCACCUUCUGGAGACCACAAGCCUGAAAACCAUCCCUUUGGUCGACUCUAAAGAAUCCAUGAUUCUUCUUGGCUCUAUUGAGAAGACAGAGCUUCAGGCAGUUUUAGACUGGUGGCUCUCACCGGAAAGGCGAGUCUUUGAAAGAGGUCAGAGCUCUCCAGGCCAGGGCUCUAAAGUCAGCUGGGAAUCCUUCAGCUUUGUUGACGAGGAGGCGGAAGAGAGCACAGACAAGCCUGCAUCUCCAGGGCAAGAGGAAUGCAAUGGUCCCAUCCCAUCCCCUAAACCCCAGGAGCCCUCCACCAACCACACUGACUCAGACAACGGCAAGCUGCCAUCUGUCAGGAGGACUCUUCAGAGACUCUUCUCGUCCACGUCUUCAUCAGGCCAGGUUGAAACUCAGGAAGCCACACCCCCUCCACUGACUGACACCAUGACCCCAGAGGAGAUCAAAGCCUGGGAAGAGACAGAGCUGGACAAACCAGUCGAUAUGGAGCAGAUACGCAUAGAUCCAUCCCCUUUUCAGCUGGUGGAGAAAACAUCUCUGCACAAGACCCACACUCUGUUCUCCCUGCUGGGUCUCAGUCACGCCUAUGUCACCAGCAUCGGGAAGCUGGUGGGCGUCGUGGCUCUGAAAGAGUUACAGAAGGCCAUCGAGGGCUCAACUCGCAGUGGGGUGAGGCUUCGUCCUCCUCUGGCCAGCUUCAGGGACGCCAGCAGGAAAACUAAGAAGCACCAGCCUCCCUCCUCCCCUGCUUCCUCUCCCACGCGUGACAGAGACCUGUGGGGGGAGGGGAGCAGUCGGGAGGGGGAGCCGAUGAGGAAAGAGUCCAGAGAUGAUUCCCGAGGGAAGAUGCCGUCUUACAGAGGAGCUGCCGGGUCUUACACGUCUCCAUCCUCCCUUUGCAGUACGGGGAGCACCAGUAGUGGCUCCGUCACUGCAGGAGGAGCCGAGGGCGCUGCUCAGGAGGCCCCGUCCGCUUCCACCUCUUCCCCUACCUCACCUUCACCUCAUGCCUCUCCUGUGUCACAUAGCAGCCCUGUCCUCAAUCUGUCCUCCCUGCAGGAGGAGAGGGAGAGCGAGGAGUCAGAUGAGCCCAUAUGAGGACCAGGUUUCAUGAAGAAAGACUUCUACCUGGUUUGAUUACACUUCUUUCCCCAGAGACAGAGCUGGGGUCUGGCUGGAGGAGUCAGGCCUCCUGCAGCCUUCACAAACAUUCAGCUCUCCGUGAGCACACAACACAAAACUCUUAGACUUUUGUAGUACAGGAUAGUGUUUUUUUCUACUUUCACAACAGUCUUUUUCACUUUUUAAAAUCAAAACUGCCUUCCUAUAUCCCCCGAACUGUAGACAGUCCUCUUCAGCAUCAACAUCUGUAUCAACAUCUGUUCAUUUCAUCAUAUACAUGUGAGCUACUAACAACUGAUAGCUAUGAAUUGUAUGAUAAUAAAAUAAUAUAUUGAUAAAGACUUAAUCAGUUUGGCCUAAAAGGUCAAAGAGAUCCCACAUUUGAAGUUGAUUGAAGUUAAUUCUAAAUUAGACUUAUAAAGAUAGCCUAUGUGGUAACUGCUGAAUCACUAUUGUCAGUUUGUAAAUUUUGAACAAAAUAAAAUGUAUACUUUUCUGCUAAUUUAUUUGAAUUAUUUACAGCAGUGAAAAUAAUCUUAGCAAACUGUUUGGCUGAACCCUGCCCAUGUUUACUAUGUUCACGUGCUGUUCUGCAAAUUACCAGCGAUGGAAAGUUAAUCCUCUUAAUUUAAAGAGUGUUCUUUAGUACAGCUGUGAAAUAUUUGUAUUUACAUUUUAUGCUUCUUUAUAUUUCUGCUGACUAUAUUUUUAAGGGAAAAUAUUUUACUUUUUACUCAUUGUUUUUACCUUUCAAUGCUAACUAUGAUCUUAAAAAAAUACUGGAUCAACCACUUGUACAGAUGAAAACACCCACCAGUUUAUUAACAUAUUAUUAUCAGUCACCUUGAUGACUUAAAACGCAGCUUUAAAGACCAGAAAACUACAAAGAAUGUCUGUUUUUACAGAGAUGCUCACACUGCUGAACACUUAAUCAAGAAGAUGUAAUUAACACCUCUUAAUUUAUAUAGCAGCAGUAAGGGUAUACUUAGAGUUUUACACCAUACCUUUGGAUUUUAGCAUAGUUUUUGUUAAAUAAAUUGUGAAACUGUGUAGUAUGUUAAUCUGGAUUGUAUUCACCUCUUUUUAAGACCUGGGAAAGAUUUUUUUUUUUCUGCAGUCCACAUUGCUGUAAUGUGUAUAUGCGUAAUUUUGGAUAAUAAACCCAUGAUAAUAUGAGACGAUGACCUUAUAAUUAUAUUACUAUUAUUCUGGUCCAGCAAAUAGGAUAUUCCUUUGU